AUGUGUUUUAUCCGAAGAAGUGCAAUUUUGUUCCUUCUUCCUCUAGUGAUAGUAGCCUCAGUUGUGAGCGUUGUUCAGGCAGAUUGCGGAUAUAAAAAAACUUCUUGUAAGAGACCUUCUGUCACGACUGCGAGUGGAUCAUAUGUCAAUCGAAAGAUUUUCUGUUCCGGAGAUCUGAUUUUUGAGGAUAAUUUCGAUAGGCUGGAUUUGGACAAGUGGGAACACGAACACACUCUUGGUGGUGGAGGAAACUGGGAGUUUCAAUACUAUUUAAAUAGUCGUCAAAACUCAUACGUGGAAAAUGGAACACUGUUUAUUCGACCAACCUUACUAUCUGAUGAAACUGGUGAGGAGUUUCUUACUAGUGGCACAUUGGAUAUAAAUGGAGGAUCUCCGUACGACUGCUGUACAAAUCCCGCGUGGGAUGGUUGUGAACGCACUGGCAGACUCGAAAAUCCUUUGAACCCGAUCAAAAGUGCCCGCUUACGUACGUUGAGAUCUUUCAACUUCAAGUAUGGAAAGCUGGAGAUACGGGCAAAGCUUCCGACAGGCGACUGGCUCUGGCCUGCCCUUUGGUUGAUGCCAAAGCUCAAUCAAUAUGGUACAUGGCCGUCCUCGGGAGAAAUCGAUCUGAUGGAAGGUCGUGGUAACCUGGAUUACCGCCUCGAAGAUGGAACUCAUAUUGGUGUUGAACAGGUGGGCUCGACGCUACAUUUUGGACCGAAUCCAUCGCUGAAUGGCUUCGAGACAUCCACUGCUUCGAAGAACAGUGCUCCUGCGGAAGGUUUCAACAAGGGCUUUCACCGUUAUCAGCUUGAAUGGACGCCUGAUUUCAUGAAAUUUAGUGUUGACGAUGAAGAACAUCUAUUUGUUGAUGGUAAUUUUUGGCAGCGAGGUAAUUUCGAUGAAAAGGCACCCGGAACUCCGAAUCCGUGGAGUAGCGGAGGGUUUAUGGCUCCAUUUGAUGAAGAAUUUCAUAUUAUAAUGAAUCUUGCUGUCGGGGGCACAAAUGGAUAUUUUCCGGACUCACCUGCUGUGAACAAGAACAAUGCCAAACCAUGGGCAAAUGGAUCACCGACUGCUAGAGGUGGUUUCUGGUCUGCUAAGGAAGAUUGGUUGCCAACGUGGAACCUGGAUGAGAAUGAUAGCAAAGAUGCUUCUCUGCAAGUAGAUUACGUGAGAGUAUGGGCAUUGUAACUAGAGCUGUUCGAUUAUCGAUUGAUUAAUCGAUUAACAAAAUUAUCGACACAAUCGAUUAGUUUGCUUUGAUUAACACAACGAUUAUUGCAGAAAUGUUAACAUUUGAAUUUAUUCUUACAAUCUUACAUUAAUGCCACAAUACUAUUCCUCCAAUUUUGGGUGCGCUAUACACACUCGCCAAAUCAUUUCGCACCUGGUCCAUCCACCUAGCUCACUGCGAUUCCCGCCUUUUUAUACUAGCCGGGUCUGGAAAGAACCCUGUUUUUAUUUUUGAACGGCAUUCUCGCAACAUGCCCUGCUUAUCGUAUGCUUCCCCUUGCUAAAAACUACUUUUCUUAAAAUUAUUUUAAUUUGGUGUUUUCCUAAUUUUAUCAAAAAUUAAAUUUUUAAGACAAAUUCCACGGAAAUUCGAUUUCUAGUCAUUUGAGAAGUUCAAGAUCUUUUAAAAAUUCCUUGGGUUCAGACCAUAGUAUCAACCACAUCUUUUGCAAUAUUCUCAGCAUCGACAAAAACUCAAGCUGAUUUAUGAGAACGUACUCAUCACGAGAAACCAAUAUCCUCGUGGAGGUAUAUAAUGUUCAAAUUUGUUCGUUCAAAUAGUUGUUGAUUACAUAAUAAGCUAAUGAUCAAAGCAACCUAAAGGAGGACCUAAAUUAUCUAAAGUAGCUAAUCAUCACGACUCAACGGACUUACUUAAAUAUUUAUCGGUGAGAAAAUUCAAGACUUGGUUGGUCUUAUAGGCCUAAUGAUUGAUAAUAAUUUUAAAAUUAAGAAAAAAAAAUGGUGGAAUUAAAUGGAGAGUACUUAACUCGUCUUAGACGGU